CUGCCGUGUGAAGAAACGGAGGGGAAGGUCAAGAAUUAAACAUGGCGGCCCGCAGUUUGCUAAAGUCUGUAUGGAACUCAUUUGCGGGGUUAAAACAGGGUUUCACUGGGACCAGCGUUAGUCCACUCCGGAGGGUUAAUGUUCCCCAGAUAUCUGCGGUAGCCAUCCAGACCAGAGGGGUUCGUCAAGUGGUGGAGAAGAAAGAUGGCAAAACAAUAACGAUUGAGGGACACAUCCUAGAUAUACCUGCAGGACCACAGCCUCCAAAUCCCACAGCAAAGUGCCCUAUCUACAGAUGGAACCUGCAGCACAAAUACAACUACACUGACGUCUUAUUGCUCAGUCAGUUCAUCAGGUCAGAUGGAGGGAUGCUGCCCAGGCGGAUAACUGGUCUUUGUCUGGAGGAGCAUCGCAAGAUUGCCAUCUGUGUGCAGAUGGCGCACAGAGCAGGUCUGCUUCCUGACCACAAACCCAAACUUCCAGAGGGUCAUGUCCCAAAGAGGCCCAAACCCCAACUGAACAGGUACUUGACUCGCUGGUCCAUUGACUCGGUGAAACCUAUCUAUAAGAGGGGACUGAAGUGGUGCAAGAAGCGCAUGGAUGUCGGUCACCCGUCACUGAGGAACAAUGUUCGCUAUGGUGUGAAGCCUCUGUACUUAAAGCACUGAGAGACAGUGAAAAGGACAGAUCUGUGCAACACCUGGAGGAGGAUGGGUCUUCAGUUUUUUAUGUGAUGUUACCCUGGAUUUGUGUCAUAAAGGCGUGGGAGAAGACUGUCUAAAUCUUAACUUCAUCAGACCUUUAAUGAGUCAGCCCCACCCAGCACCAUCUUUUCUGACUUUCAAAACAUUCUCCAACAACUUUGUCACCGUCUGAGGUCGCAGUUCCAGCUUCAAAGUAGGUGGUAUGUUGACUGUGUAAACUCAACACAAAACAGUUGUUUAAAUAAAAUGACAAUGUUUACCCUCCCUCUCA